AUGUUUAGUCGAGUCUUGUUGAUUACUAUAACCCCAUUUCAAGUCAUGCAGAAAACAUCUGGCCGGGUGGUAUCAUCGACCGAUGACUCCCUUCAAGAAGGAGAGUACGACGUUCAGUGCGAGAACACGGUACACGAUGGCAAAUGCACCGUGUCGGGGACGGUCAACAGGAAUGCCCCGAUUACCUGGAGUGGCUUUGAAGCCGCCCAUGUUUUUCCAGUUGAACAAAAAGGCGUUUGGAUCGAUAACUAUUUCUGGACAUGGGUCACCGAUGCGUCUGGCAUAAACUCACUGCAAACCGGUUUACUCAUGAAGGGGGACAUACAUAAGAAUUUCGAUAAUUACCUGAUCUCGAUCAACCCAGAUGUUGACGGCCGCGUGCUAGACCCGGUCUGCCGGAAGCUGGAUAACCCUCAUCGUGUGUCACUAGAACUGCUUAGAUGGCAUUAUAGACAGAGCAUCCUCGCAAACAUGAGGGGAAGGGGAGAACCGAUAUGGGAGCAUGAUUUUCCCCCCGGCUGCGAUAUGAUGGGCGAGAUGAUGGCGGGUCCCUCUCCUGCGGAGAGGUUGGAGUUGGAAUUUGCGGUGAGAUUGAAUCCGGAAUACGCAGGCUGA